CUCCCACUCAGAUCAAUUGAUGUAAUUUUUGGGUCCAAGGUCAGAUUGGGCAUCCAUUGUAUGGCUUUGAAACAAGGGAAAGUCUACGCUCGCCACCGCAUCUUACUAGAUGGUGUUGUUUGUUUCCCGGGAACCAGAGGGAAACGGAGGGAAGUAAUGGGACGUCCAGUGAGGUUUCCAGGCAUCAGCAAUGAGUUGCAGAAGAUUCUCGUUGCGAACAUGGAUGAGGCGCCUGCCAGAAGGCGAGCUCGUGAAGCGUUUAAGGAUAUCCAACUUGGAAUUGACCAUAUUUUGUUUAAGUCACCGGCUGAUGGGUUGAAAAUAAAGGAGUCAUAUGAAGUGAACUCUAGAGGAUUGGAAAUUUUUACAAAAAGUUGGCUCCCAGAGACCUCUCCCCCAAGAGCAGUGCUGUGUUAUUGUCAUGGUUAUGGAGACACUUGUACAUUUUUCUUUGAAGGAAUUGCAAGAAAGUUGGCAUCAUCUGGAUAUGGAGUUUUUGCAAUGGAUUACCCAGGGUUUGGCCUUUCAGAAGGUCUUCAUUGCUAUAUUCCCAGCUUUGACAGGCUAGUUGAUGAUGUUAUUGAGCAUUUCUCCAAAGUCAAAGAGGACCCGGCAAUUAGGACACUCCCAAGCUUCCUGUUUGGACAGUCAAUGGGUGGAGCUGUUGCUUUGAAGGUGCACUUAAAACAACCCGAUGCAUGGAAUGGUGCCAUUCUUGUUGCACCUAUGUGCAAAAUUGCAGAUGACAUGGUUCCACCUUUGUUGGUGAAGAAAAUCUUGAUUGGUGUAGCAAAUGUUCUUCCAACGAAAAAAUUAGUUCCACAAAAGGAUUUGGCUGAGGCUGCUUUUAGGGAAUUGAAGAAGCGAGAGCUGACAGCUUAUAAUGUUAUUGCUUACAAGGACAAGCCACGGUUGAAGACAGCUUUAGAGAUGCUCAGGACCACUGAAGAGAUAGAAGAGCGACUUGGAGAAGUCUCUCUGCCACUGUUAAUUCUUCAUGGAGAGUCUGAUAUUGUAACAGAUCCAUCUGUGAGCAAGGCUUUGUAUGAGAAAGCCCGCAGUUCAGACAAAAAGCUUAAGCUAUAUAAGGAUGCUUUUCAUUCUCUUCUUGAAGGUGAGCCGGAUGAAAUAAUAAUUCGGGUUUUAAAUGAUAUCAUUUCUUGGCUUGAUGAGCACACCAAAGAAAGUAAUGCCUGCUGAUCAGUUGCCUCUUUUUACUGCACAAAACAUUGAAAAUAAAUAAACAAACAAAUAAAUGCAGAGUAUUGAGAUGGUUUGUGUGUUGGGAAAUAAGGCUGCCUUCUCAUGUAAAUAACCAAUCUAUUACAUUCUAUUAAAUUUUCUUUUUUUUUUUUUUUUCUUU